UGACUCAAUAAAAAAAGACAGUUGUGUUGAACUUUAACCUCAAUACAAUCAAGUAUUAAUUUAAUCUUUGAUCCUAGGACAUUAGUCUGAAUUAUUCUGUCCAAAUAGUUUUAUAUUAUAGCAACUACAUAAUAAUUUAGAAAACUUUCAGUAGUUUUAAGUGAAUAAAUCAAUGAUUAUCAGUUUUUGGGAAUGAUAUCAAAUGAAACAGUUUUGAUACUCCAACAAACUUGUAAUUGAGCUAUAAUUUAUUGUAGUUAAAACUUCACAAUUAGUGUAAGAAUACUUUGGAUCCGAGUUUGGCCUAAGUGUUGAAAUUAAUAUAAAUAAUGGCAAGAGUACUGGUUGGUGUUAAGAGAGUUAUUGACUAUGCAGUUAAGAUUCGAGUAAAACCAGACAAGACUGGAGUGGUGACUGAUGGAGUGAAACACUCAAUGAAUCCCUUUGAUGAGAUUGCAGUGGAGGAAGCUGUCAGGAUGAAAGAGAAGAAGAUUGCUGCCGAAAUUGUUGCUGUCUCUUGUGGUCCUGCCCAAGCUCAGGAGACGCUGAGGACAGCCUUGGCAAUGGGUGUGGAUCGGGGUAUACAUGUGGAGGUGACAGGUCCUGAGUACGAGACUCUGCAACCCAUCCAUGUGUCCAAGAUUUUGGCCAAGCUGGCUCAGGAUGAGAAGGCGGAUCUUGUCAUUGUUGGAAAACAGGCUAUUGACGAUGAUUCCAACCAAACAGCUCAGAUGACAGCUGCUGUCCUGGACUGGCCUCAGGCUACUUUCGCUUCCAAGGUGGAGAAAACUGACGGAGAAUUAACAGUGACACGGGAGAUUGAUGGUGGACUUGAAACUAUUAAGGUGAAACUGCCUGCAGUAGUCAGUGCAGACUUACGACUCAACGAACCUCGCUAUGCUACUCUGCCCAACAUCAUGAAAGCCAAGAAGAAGCCAAUCAAGAAAGUGACCCCAAAGGAUUUGGGAGUGGACACAAGUGCCAGGAUAGAGGUGUUGAGCGUGGAGGAUCCUCCAGUGAGGCAGGCAGGAGCCGUGCUACCUGAUGUGGACACACUUGCGGCGAAACUAAAGGAGGGAGGUCAUGUCUAAUUAUGUUGCUGCUCAAACUCUAAAUAUACAAAUGAUGUGGAUUGCCAAAUCUAAAAGUUUCAAUUGCAUGUUUAAAGUGGGGAUCAAAAAUAUCAUAGAGAUUUAUUUUUAAUAAAGUUCACUGUACCCCUCAUCACUAGAAUAUUAAUUGUUGUUAUAAUUUUGUUUGAGAUAUCAAUAAAUGAUUGUUAAUGAUCUUUUA